AGGGGAGAAAAGCAAAGCCUGAGCGUUCCCCUGCUCCAGCUUCAUCCCUGAUUUGGGCAGUGGCUCCCCAGGAGGAGCAGAAGGGCAGUGCAGUCCUGUUAAGCAGAGGAGCAAUGGGAAAACCCCUUGGCCCAGCAUCUCAGGGCUGCUCUGCUAAAGAGCCUUGGAGCUUACUCCAAAUCCCUGCUCUGCUUGGCUGUGCUGGGUUUGGGCACUGCUGUUCUGCUUGGGUGCUCCUCAUCAUGCCUUAGCAAAGAUGGGCUGAAUGGGAAGGGAAAAUUGCUCCCUGCAGUUUGCUUUCUCAGCCAGCUGUCCGUGAACAGCACGGGAUUGCUGUCCCAGGCCAGGGAACAGGGAACAGGGAACAGGGAACAGGGAACAGGGAACAGGGAAUAGGCUGUGCCCACAGGAAGGAGCCCCACGGUCCCACUGCUCUGAGCCACUGCUGCUGCUGCAUCCUCAUCAGCCACUGGGACAGUGCUGCCUCUGUCCCUACAGCCUGGAGACCAGGCAGCAAGAGCUUUGGGAUCAUCCAGUUCCAAGGGGUAACAUCCAGUCCAGCUCCCCUGCAGAUGUCAGGGAUGCAAGUUUAUUCAUGCUCUCAGCGCUGACUUGGUGCAUCCUUGGUGAUCGAAUACAGGAUGGUUUUCCUUGGGCUUGAAAGCAGAGCUGAGACCACAGAGUUUGUGUAGAAGUCUCCAAAAAUCACUUCCAGUGUCCUGGCAUGCCUGUGGCACUGUCUAUCCAGGGAUCAGGAAGUAUUUCCCAAAUGCAGCCAGAGCAGGGUUGUGAUCUCUGUGCCAACGUGAGAAACUGAGGCAGAGAGGGGACCAGUGAUUUACCCAAGUCACAAUGAGGCCUUGGCACACCUGGGAAAGGUGUAAGAAGCACCUGGACCCUAAACCUCUCUAGUCUAAGACCUGUUUGCCAGCUCUGUCAGCAGCCCCUGUAUUUCCCAGGGCUCCCCAGAGGAUCUGAUUUAUCUAAUUCUGCUCUUUUUAUACCCAGGCAUCUGUGAGAGUAAGACUAGUCUGGCAUGCUUGACUUCUAAUUAAAUUUUUAAGCUGAGAUUUUAAGAUUUAGUAUUUCUGGGGUUCAAAGGUGAACAGGCCUGCAUGAAUAAUUUCUGAUUCUAUUUGCUGCUGCUAGUACUAAGAUUUGCCAAAAGCAGCUUUUAAUGGCAACUCAACCCCAUUAGUUUUGAAGGGUCUGUGAUAAGUGUAGAGAUAUGAAAAUUCCCAGGAAAGGGUAUUUCAAGUGCUGUAGUAACCUUCUGUAACUUUGACUGUUAUUUUAAAGGAACUUUGCUUGCCUAUGCACCAUUUCUCUAGGAAUGUAAAAAUCCAACAACCAUCACAAAAGCCAUUCACAUUAGCAGCCUCUUUGUGAAUUUUAAUUAACAGGAAAUUCCACUCACGCAUUGAAAUUCAACAUCCAGAAUAUCUCUGCUUUACUCCUUUGAUGUUCCCCAUCCAGUCCUGGACCAACAUCCCUAUGUUCUCCUGAGACACUCGGAGGAAAAUAAUUUUGGUUUAUUUACAGUAGGAAAGCAUUUUGUCGUUGUCUUUUAUCCCAGGAGCAUUUGAGUUACUUUACAAACUGUUCACACGGAGGAGCUGCUCUGUGGGUCCUUACAGCAGGGAGUGAUUCCAGAGCUGUGCUCGUCAGUUUGCACUCAGCAGCGAUGCUGGAAUUUCAGGAGAGGCAGGAAAAGAGUCAUGAAACAAAUGAAAGUCCAGCAUGAUAGGGAAUUCAGCUAUUAAAGGUUAGACAGCCUUGGUUCCCGUAUCACAUUUAUCCUUCAGAAAGGAUAUUGUUGGGAUUUUCCUAUAUUUCUAUAGUAGUAACCUAAGAAGACAUGAUCUGGCUCUGUUACUGUAAGACAUUCAUUUGCAAGUGAUUUCAACAAACAAAAACCACCCCUAAUUAGUUAAUCUUUCUCACACCCUCAAUUUCUCGAAUGGGCAGAAUAAUAUGAUCAACAGGUGCUGAUGAGACUGCCAUGGAGAAUUAUCUUCAGACUUAAAUCAUUCUGUUUUAGCCCUUCAUUCAUCUGCUAUCUCCAGCUAUUUUCUUAAGCUGUAUAGUUCAUUUACCUCACCCUCUGCCUGGGGUAGAGCACUGCACCCCCUCCCACCCUGUCACCAUGACAAGGUGACACUGUCACCACAGGUUGAACUUGCAGGUGACUUGGCACAGGCCCACUCCAAACACUGCAGUCUGCACUUAGAACUGAGUUUAAAGCCUCUGUCCUGGUGGCUAUCACCUCAGUGCUCAUCCCAAGGCCAGGUAGAGCCAGGCUCUGCCUCCUGGCAGUGAUGCCAGUGGAAUCCUCGGCUGUCUCACAGUUCCAGCAAGCUGCUCACAAGCAUGAGGGGCUCAGUUUCCUCCUGUACUGCUAAAAUGUAAAAAUCGGUGAUGUUGGAAAAUUUUAGAGCUUGAGUUCUACAGAGACUGGAGCUUGUCAAGAAAGCAAAUUCCUUUUUAUACCAUCUGGAAAUGACACAGGGUGGGAAAAAGCACCUUGGAGCACCCUGGGAGGACACAGGUUCCUCCUUAUCUGAGAACACAUUUAGGAUUUUUUUCAGAACCAAAACGAGCCGGGCCUCAGGGCUCUUGAGCAGAGUGUGACCACAAGAUGUCACAGUUGUUUCGCUGCAAUGCGUGGUCCUGCCUUUCCUGUGUCCCAGUCCUGCCCCUUUCCCACUCCCAGGUGUCCCUAUGAACACACACGUUGGUAUUUGGGGGUUUUGCUGCUGUGUUUUGUUUGUUGGGGAUUUUUUUUUUUGGCAAAGCAAGCUUGUUCAUUGUGUUCUGGGGAAGGUAAGGCAUCUAGGUUUCUAGCUCAUUUGCAGGUCAUUCAUGGUAUAAAAUUGAACUUAACCCAGAUUUAUGCCCUUGCAUAAACCUGCCCUGUCCAACUGGCAGACAACAAUUUUGAGUAGAGACAGGGGAAAAAAUCUAAGUAUGACUGCAAACAAACACUUUUUGGUGCUGCCAGAGUUACUGCUCAGUGUCCCCACAAACCUCAGGUGCGUUUCCCAGAUGGUGUAGCAGACUCAGAAAACACCACAAUGUUGUGGACUUGGGAGGAUUUUGUUCUUUAUAGACUAUUGCUAAAUUUAUUUCUUUUUCUGCCCCAGAAAGCUGCCUGCACAUCCUGGAUGGGGUCCCAGGGGCUGAUGCUAAUAUCAGUUCACUCUGAAGUAGAGCGAGAAAGGAGUUAAGCCGUAGAAGAAGCUGAUGAGCCUUGCAGGAUCCAGCUAUGGGUCUUUUGGGUUAGUCCCUUAUAGUGUGCACAUUGAAUUCAAGACCUAAUUCAUGGCCUGUGCAAGCAAUUGCUAUGGAUGCUCCAAACAAACAGCACUUUCUUUCCCGCCCGCCUGGCUGGUGCCUCUUCCCGGCUGGAGCCAGGCAGAGUUUCUCAUCCGGCCUCUCUGCUCCAGGGCACCAGGAGGAAAGCUCUGCUCCACCAGCCACACAGGAAAAACAAAACCCCCAACUACAAAGAGGAACUGUUGAGUGGAGCAGCCAGGCACAAGGGAUCUGCUGCCUGCAGGAAGGGCAGAGGAAGCAGGCAGAGGUUUGCUCUGCCUGCUGUGCUCGUCAUUCCUUGUGCUGCAAUGCCUGUCGCUGCCAUGGGGUCCAGCCAUGUCCCCUGGGGAAGGUGCUGCUCUCCCACCUCUCUCUGGAGGGCAGAGCCCCACGUGCCUUGUCCCCAGGGUGGCUGGGACAGGGCUGACCUCGAGCCCUUUGCCCUUUCCAGCCCAGGGGAGCAUGAGAACAUCCCGGGGGCUCCCAGCUGGAGGGAGGGCUUGGCUUGGGACAGCGGGUCCCCAGAAGGGAUGGGCUCAGUGGCAGCUGGGUGAGCUGUGUCACGUUUGCCCACAAAUAGUGGCUCAGCAUGAGAGCAUCUGGCCAAAGGGCAGGUUUGGUGGGAGCCAGGAAAGGCUCCUGUAACCCCUGAGCUCAUAAGUGAGGAGCAAACACCAUGGCUGUUCCUCAUCUCCAGGUGAGCAGGUUUGGUGGCUGGAGCUCUGCUGGGCACAUCCUGUGGUCCAGGCUGUUGGUACAUCCUGGCCUGUACAUCUGAGAGCUUCUCAACAGUUUGGGAACCCUGACUGUGGCUGGGUUUUCUCUGCAGUGGAUAGGGAAUUCAGAAAGGUUCAAGACUGAAACUUCCUCUUCCUCUGCUAGGACUGUGAGAUGAGCCUUGAAGCUGUUUGUGAACCCUGCACACAGUUUCAGCAAGGAGCAGCAGCCUGUCAGAACAGAUGACCAGUUACCAGCUGGGUUGCUGGAUCCUGCUGUGCCCUUUGUGCCAUGAUUGAUGUCUGAAAGAGGAAAAGGUCCCUUUUGCUCUGAGAAAGAUGCUAGCCCUGCUCACUGCUUGCUGGUGGACUGUGUGAGGAGUAGUCAUCUGAUUUCCCCACAAGGAAUGAUGACACCCCAGGUUCCGUAUGAUCCUUGUGCCAUCUUCGUCAGCCCAUGUGUCAUUGACUCAUUUUUUUUCAGCUGUGUGUCAUUAAAAUAAGCCUUCUCUGCAACAGGAAUAAGACCAGAAAAAGUGUAAAGCCCAAGCAGUGCUGUGCAUCCUGGCUGUUCUUUGGUGCUGUUAUUGCCCAGGCUUCACUCAUCAGGUUUUGCACACUUCAGGGGUUGCCAGCACUGCUGAUCUGAAUUGCCUUAAAGCAUCUUGGGUUUUGAGUCCUGGUUCUCAAGGUGCUGCCUUGGUUUCCUACCCUGCCUCUCCCAACAGCCACAUCCUGGAUCCCCUCAGAGCAAUAAGGCACUGGAACAUGGAGAGUUCUUGGGCAAGUCUGGGGCACCUCACUGCCACUGGGUAUGUAGAGUCAGCUUUAAUACCUCUCUUUCCCUCUAUCUUGUAUAGCUUUUCCUCAGCAAACCUCCUUUCCCAGCUAAAAUUGUCCCUCAAAGGAUAGCUGAGGCUGCUGUCCAGCAGUGGGAGACAGGGAUUGCCUGGCUGCAUUUAACCCUCGGGACAGGCUCUUCUCCCCUCCAGGUUUUCUGGUUUCCGGAGUCACUCUAGAUGUGAGGCCUGAGAAAUUAUACUCUUUUCCAAAUGUUUGUUUCCAUUAGACAUUUAAAUAGCUUUAUGGGACAUUUCAUCCUGUCUGUAGUGGCCAAAUUCUUGUCCUUGGAGACUUCCUCUGGCACUGCAGCUUCAGUGUGAAACCAUUUUCUGUUUGUCACCCUUAAACAUGUAGAUUCGUGUUUGGCCUCCUCUUAAGAGGCAGGGAGAGCACCACUCAGUUGCCUCUUGUCCAUGUAACACCUUUGAAAUACAGAGCUGGUCUUACAAUUUCCACAGAAGGCAGUAGCCGCCUCCUUCUCCCUCCAAUAUCCUCUAAAUAAGCACUAAAGCCUCAACCACUGCCCAUGAGGUGACCCCUCAGAUUGACUCUAUGAUUGUUUUUAUAGAAUGGCACAAUGUUUUCCUGUGCUUGCAUUAAUAGAGGAGUAGUUGCAUUGUACUCAGUAUUUAUUUUUACAAUAAGCGCCUUGAACUUCCCUGUCCUGCUGCUUCCAGGGGAGAGCUCAGCCCCAGCUGCUCAGGGGAGUUAGCAGGGAAGUAAUGUGAGACUAGAGGUACUCAGAAGAGGACAAUAUAAAGCCCUGUAAAUGAUCAUCUCAAGUAAGCCCCCUAAUCAGAGUUUAUGAACUUCCUCUGCUAACACCCAGGUACUUGUUCUUUUUCCAGGAUGAGAGCCCGUGUUUACUGCAAAGACUUUCUGUUCCCAAAGGUGCACAGAAGCAUGGCAGACCUGUGGUGGAUUUACUCCAAACCUGUCCCAGCAGAUGGCAGAGAGCUCUGGACCUUGUUUCUGCAGUGUUCUUGCAUUACAGCAGUGAUAGGAGGCCUCUUUUACAACUGGAUGUUUGCUUCCCUGGAGUACUCCUGGCACCUCUCCGUUGCCAUGGCCAUCUCCUUCAGUCUGCUGCUCCUCCUGACUCUCCUUUUGGUGCAUCCUGCCCGUUGUGUCUUCAGCAUGAUCAUGCCCACUUUAGGCACCAAGCAGGGCCGGAAGCUUCUCUUCUCCACCUGCAUCAUGAUCGCAGUGGUGAACAUAGUGCCCAACAUCAUAGGCAACAUUAAAACCAUACUGCAGGUUAUUAAGUGCAUCUGCAAGAAUUCCUCUGACAGCCUUCUGAACUCAACUGCCCUGCUAGAGAAAGUUUCCUGGGAGUUUGGGGAUGCAAUCCAAGAAGCCAUUCCUUCCAUUCAUAAGCCUAUGAAUGGACAUUUUCGCUUUUCGUUGCUUCAGAACAGCCCCUUGAUUUACGAAAAAAUGCACCUUGCUGGUGAAAACAUCAGCAGAGAGUUCUUGUCUGUUGAGGUACUGGUCAAAGACUCAAUACGAGUAGCCAACAGACUGGCUGCUGCCUUCUUCAUGCUCUAUCUCUGUUUUGAAUCCGCCUGGUAUUUGAAGAAUUAUCUCACCAACCUCCGCUUUGACAAUUUUUACAUCACCAAGAAGCUGGAGCGUUUAGCCAUGGACAGAAGAGCAGCUCAUCUCCUGGUGGGCUCAUCCAAAAAACUCAUCCGACCAACAGGCUUGAAGCUGUCCUGGGAGGAAGGGAUGCUGUGCCUCGUGCAAGCCAUGCUGGUCACUGUGGCCCUGAUGCUGAUGCUGGUGGUUGUGGCCAUGGACCACUUUGCGUUCAGCGUGGCAGACACAGCAGUGAGAAAGGCAGCUCAGUUCUCUGCAGUGCCUGUCACUCUCAAUAUCAAAUACAAGGUUAAAAUAGGGAUCAUGCCCUUUGUAUUCAAAGUUUCUGGGAGUCCUUCUGAAAAAUUACUGCUCAGGGACUUCAACAGGAGCUACCACCAUCAUCUGAUCUUGAGCUCUGCCCACUGCAGGAUCAGCCCUCCCACACCUCCCAACCCCUCAGUGCUGCUCGUUGUGGGGCUGCUCUUCUGCAUCCUGUACGCCACCGUGUUCCUGGAAACCUACGCACGCCGCCUGUGCCGGAACAUCGCAGCCUCCUUCUUCCAGAGCUGGGAGGAGAAGAGAGUGCUUUACCUGUACAGGAAACUGUCCAGGAGGCACAGGAAGGAGCAAAACUGUGUGAAGGGUGCUUUGGGAAGUCAGGGGGAUGUCUGACACCACAGCAUGGGCUUCUGCCAUAGGAUCACACAUUUAAUGUUCCAGAGUGAGAGAAGUGUUUGGAGCUUGGGGAAAAAAUGUCACAUUUUUGCAUUAUUUUGAGAAAAAUGGGCUACAAUUCCUUUUGUUCUUUUGGGUUUUUUUUAAUAUCUAGAAGGUCUGGAGUCUGCUGUUGCAUAUCUGCAGCACUAAGCAAGGAUAACUGGGAAAUACAUGGGAGCUGGGGUCAGGUAGGAGCUCAUUUACCUUCUCCACCACAUCCGUGCUGGAAGAAGUACACACUUCCUUUCUUUCUUAGGUUAUACCUUCAGGCAACAAAAAAGGAAAGACAUUUGACUUGGUUCAUUUAAUUUUCAAUGAGGUUUUCCUUUCAGGUUUUGUGCACAGAAACCUAGGUAGACUGGAUAAAUUUAGAAGAUAGUUUAUUCACCAAAGAAAGUGUCACUUUCAACCUGCUGAAGUAAAUUCAAGAUCAAUAUGACCAUGAGAGGCACAUCCUGGGCAUGGGUGGGGGUGGAAAUCAGCACAUGAGGGCUUUAAAAAAUCUCUUCAAAAUGGCUGUUCAAAAUAAAAUAUAAAUAAAAUAGCUGCAGGACUUCAGAAUAGAAUGAGAGCAAUCAAUAAAGGUCAGUUUGGGUGUCAAUCUCUUUUCCCAAGUAAGAAGUGAUAGGACGAGGGGAAACAGCCUCAAAUUGUGCCAGGAGAGGUUUAGAU